AUGGCGGACGGCGGCGGCGCCAAGUGCUCCGCCGCGGUCGGCGAGGGGGCCUACUUCAUGGCCAGCAUCAUGGCCAUCACCGGCAUCAUGGCCACCGUCCUCGUGCUCUCCGGCCUCUUCCAAUCCGCGCUCCGACGCCUCGACCAGCCAAGCAUCAUCUCCCACAUCCUGGCCGGCAUCAUGGUUGGCCCGACGGUGCUCGGCCGUGCCAUGGACCUCCAGGAGCUAGGCAUGCGGGACGCCGGCAGCGCGCUCAGCGGCACGAUCUACUUCGUCCGCAUGGUCUUCAUGUUCUUCAUCGGCCUCGAGCUGGACCUGCGCUACCUGCGCCACAACCUGCGCCGGUCGCUGACCAUAGCCUGCGGUGGCUCCGCGCUCUGCUUCGUCCUCGCCGUCUUGGCCGGGCCUUUCUGCUAUGGCCUCAUGCACCCGGGCCAGGGCUCCUUCCACCCUGACAAGAUCUUCGCCUCCACCGCGCUCUUUGCGCUCGUGCUCACCAGCACCGCCUCGCCCGUCCUCAUCCGCAUCGUCACCGAGCUCAAGCUCACGGGCUCCGAGACCGGCCAGAUUGCCAUCGGCGCCGCCUUCGCCAACGACAUGGCCAGCCUCACCGCCCUCAGCGUCAUCAUCGUCACCCACACCGUGUACGGCGCCGAGGUGCGCAAGGAGGACGAGCCCUCCCCGACUUUCAAGGCCGGGAGGCUGGCGGUGCUGGCGGUCGCGGUGUGGAUGGCCGUGAGCCUCGUGGCAUGGGUCGCGCGUCUGCUCAACCGGCUCAAGCGCGGCCGCCAGUACAUCAGCAAGUACGAGCUGUGCGGCAUGCUGUUCCUCAUCAUGGUCCUCUCCCUGGUACAGCAGGCCCUGGGCUACAGCGCCUCCAUGACCGCCUUCCUCAUCGGCCUCGCCAUGCCGCGUGAGGGCCCCACGGCGCGCACGCUCAUGGAUCGCCUCGCCUACCCCGUGCACCAGCUCGUCAUGCCGCUCUGCUUCGGGGCCAUCGGCGCCCGCCUCGACUUCACCAAGAUCGGCAACUUCACCGCCGUCCAGCUCAUCGUGGCUGUCGCCGUCACCACGCUGCUGAGCGCGGCUGGGAAGGUGGCCGGCACCGUGCUGGCGGGGCGGGCGCUGGGCAUGGCGACGCGGGAGGCCGUCGUGCUGGGUGCAUUGCUCAACGUCAAGGGCUACUCCGAUAUCCUCGCCAUCAACUUCGGGAACAAGGUCGAUGUCUGGGGCGAACCCGUGCAGGUGGUGCUCCUCAUGUCAUCCAUCAUCAACACGUUCAUGGCCGGCCCGGCGUCCGCCGCCAUCGUCCGCCAGCAGCGCGCCGCCUUCCGCUACCGCUCGCGCUGCCUCCAGGACAUCAGGGUGGACGAUGAGCUCCGGGUGCUCGUGUGCGUCCACGGCGCCGCGGGCGUGCACCCCAUGCUCACGCUCGCCAACCUCUCCAAGGGCGCCGCGCUGCUCCCCGUGUACCUCCUGCACCUCGUCGAGCUCGUCACCUCACGCAAGUACGCCAUCACCCACCAGCUGUACCACGCCCGCGAAGGGGGUGAGGACGAGGACGAGUGGGGCUACGCGCGUGAGAUCGACCAGGUGGCCGCCGCCGUGGCGACCUUCACCUUCGACCACGCCGUGCACGUGCGCCAGAUGACGGCCAUCUCCAACCUGGCGUCCAUGGACACGGACGUGCGCCACAACUUGGAGGACUCGCGCGCGUCGAUGGUGAUCAUGCCCUUCCACAUGGAGCAGCGCUAUGACGGGCGCAUGGUGUGCCGGGGCGAGGGGCGGCGCCAGCUGAACCGGCGGGUCUUGCAGAGGUCUCAGUGCACGGUGGGGAUCCUCGUGGAGCGCCCCUUCGCUCAGGAGGUCACGGGAGAGCAGCUUGAGGUGAUGGCGUUGUUCUUCGGCGGGGAAGACGACAGGGAGGCCGUCGCCUUCGCAGCGCGGCUGGCGACGCAGCCGUCGGCGAGGGUAACCCUGUGCAGGUUCCUCCUCCCGAGUGGGAAGGGCCUAUUGGGCAACCAAGAGACGGCGGAGGAGGCGAUGCAGGACGAGGAGUUCAUGGCGGACAUGUACGGAAGGUACGUGGCGCCAGGGCAGGUAGCGUACACGGAGAGGCACGUGAGCAACGGCGCGGAGACGGUGACUGCGCUGAGCUCCAUGGUGGGGGCGUGCUCGCUCUUCGUCGUGGGCAACGGCGGCAAGGCCGGCGGCGACAGGGGCGUGAUGACGAGCGACAUGGGAGAUCUGGACGAGGAGUGCCCGGAGCUAGGCCCCGUCGGCGAGCUGCUGGCCUCGGACGACAUGGUAGGCUGCGGCUCCGUGCUGGUGCUGCAGCAGCACAAAGUGCGCCGCCCCAAGCACAAGCAGAUGAGGACAUGGAACAUGGACAACCAGCAGCAGCAGUAUCAACCUCAAGCUCCGCACUACCAAGCAGACGAAGAUGUAUCUGAUUCUGAUGAUGCUGUUGUGGACAUCCUCGGAUCCGCCUCCAGCGCACCUACUAAUCGUUCACUAAAACCAAACUGA